GUAGUCACAUUCAAGGAUGCGCACGCCGCAACUGAGGUGCUUAGUCAUGGGAUUGAAAUCGAAGGAUGGCCCCUGUACUUGAGAGAGGCAGAGGAUCGGGGUGAGCGGGGUGGAGCGGUGUUUUCGGAAAGAGAUCAGUGGUCUUCGUACCACACAGAAUGGGAGUCUGGCAACGAAGUUGACCCUGGAAAGAGCAUCUUCUUCGCGAACGUACCUUUCGUGUCGAGGGAGAUAGACCUCAAACGAAGGUUUGCAUCUGUUGGGGUCAUAAACUCGUUCCAUCUGUUCAAGCGGCAGGAUGGGAGCUCUAGAGGCAUGGGCGUCGUUGAGUAUGUGACAACGGCUGCAGCUAGGCGUGCCGUCAACGCCCUGAGCGAGUCGAAUAUUGAUGGUAGGUAUGUCUUGAUCCAGCCUUAUAACCGACAAUAUUACAGUGCUUAUUGUGCUUCACAUCUGACUGAGCUUCGGUAUUCUUCAGAGUCGGAGUGGCUGGAGCAUAGGGAGCUGGAUCUGCGUUCGUCAAGCGACUAUGUUGGAUGCUUGGACCAGCACACGUCCCCUCAAGACCUUGUUUCUCUGAAGACGACAAGCUCUUGGGCCGAAUGGUUGGUUGGGGACGAGAAGCCGAUGGGCCCAGUCCACAUGAGACGGGUCUCAAAUGCAUCGGAGGUUGGGCUUGUAAGCUUUCUCACGCCGGCUGUGGCUAAUUCGGCACGCGGCGUAGAGUGCAAAAAGAUGCGAACCGCAGAAUCUGCCGCGGGUGACCGAGAACAACCCUUCGGUUUCAUGAGCUCAGCAACUCUUCUGCAUAGUUCAUUGAGACGAGAAGCACUUGUUGCUCAAGCUGCAUGCAUCCCAGUGGAUUUGCCUUCUCCUCAUGGUCAGCAUGCGCAGAUGAAAUCUGGGCUGUCACAAGCCAGAAAUGGCUUUGUUGACAGCCCUACCGAGGUCGACGUGGAUGCUUCGAUUAUAGCUCUGGAGGCAACCUUCAGCCAACAGUUGCAGGCUGCACGCAGCCCCAACAAAGAAGGAGAGCCGCUUCGUGCAAGACACGAUAGCCCGACCUUGGACGAGAUAGAAGAGUUUGAAAUAGAAGAGGUCAUUGGUCCGAGAGUUGAUGCCGUCCCGUCUGUCCAGUCACAAUUGGAGGUGCCUGCAAGCCCGAGUGUCUCGCCGACGAGUCCACCGAAAAGUCCGCCAAGUCGGCUCUUCAGUGGAGUGACAACUCCAAAGA